AUGAGAGGAUUGGUGGAGUGCCAGGAGAAAGAGCAUAGGAUUCAGAGAAGAUUGGUGGAGUGCCAGGAGAAGGAGCAUAGGAUUCAGAGAAGAUUGGUGGAGUGCCAGGAGAAGGAGCAAAGGAUUCAGAGAAGAAUAGUGGAGCAGGCGGCGGGCCACCCAAGGGUCCCUGCCAAGCAGGCCUUGGUGCGGGCAGGCGGGCGGGCCACAAGGUCCUUCCAGGCAGGCCCCUGGUGCAGGCAGCGGGCGUGGGCCACAAGGUCUGCCCAGCAAGCCCGGUGCGGGCAGGCGGGCGGGCCACAAGGUCUGCCCAGCAGGCAGGCGGGAGGGCCACAAGGUCUGCCCAGCAGGCCUGGUGCAGGCAGGGCGGCCGGGCCACAAGGUCUGCCAAGCAGGCCUGGUGCAGGCAGGCGGGGGGCACAAGGGUCUGCCAAGCAGGCCUGGUGCACAGGCGGGCGGGCCACCAAUGGUGCAGCAUGGCGGGCGGGUGCAGGGCAGCGGGCGGGCCACAAGGUCUGCCCAGCAGGCCUGGUGCGGCAGGCGGGCGGGCCACAAGGUUCCUGCCCAGCAGGCCUGGUGCAGGCAGGCGGGCGGCCACAAAGGUCUGCCCAGCAAGCCUGGUGGCGGGAAGGCGGGCGGGCCAGAAGGCUGCCCAGGGCAGGCCUGGUGCAGGCAGGCGGGCGGGCCACAAGGUCUGCCCAGCAGGCCUGGCAGAGGCGGGAGGGCCACAAGGUCCUGCCCAGCAGGCCGGGUGCAGGCAGGCCGGGCGGGGCCACAAGGUCUGCCCAGCAGGGCCUGGUGCAGGCAGGCGGGCGGGCCAGAAGGUCUGCCCAGCAGGCCUGGUGCAGGCAGGCGGGCGGGCCAGGUUGCCCCAGGCAUGCCUGGUCCCAGGCGGAGGGCGGGCCCAUAAAGGUGCCAGGCAAGGCGGUGCAGGGCAGCGGUGGGCAGAAGGUGCCAAGCAGGCCUGGUGCAGGCAGGCGGGGGGGGCGGGCCAGAAGGUCUGGCCAGCAGGCCUGGUGCAGGCAGGCAGGCGGGCCACAAGGUCUGCCCAGCAGGCCUGGUUGUCAGGCAGGUGGGCGGGCCACAAGGUCUGCCCAGCAGGCCUGGUGCAGGCAGGCAGGCGGGCCACAAGGUCCCUGCCCAGCAGGCCUGGUGGCAGGCAGGUGGGCGUGCCCCAACAAGGUCUGCCCAGCAGGGCCUGGUGCAGGCCGUCAGGCCGGGCCGGGCCCAAGGUUCUGCCCAAGCAGGCCUGGUGGCAUGGCAGGGGCGGGCCCCGGGCCCAAGGUCUGCCAAGCAGGGCCUGGUGCAGGUAAGGCGGUCGGGCCCCACGGUCUGCCCAAGCCCAGGGCCUUGUGCAGGAGCGGGCGGCCCCAAGGGGGUCUGGGCCCAGCAGGUUUUCCCCUUGGUGCCAGGAAGGCGGGCGUGCCACAAGGGUUCCUGGCCCAUCGCCUGGUGCCAGGCAUGGCGGCUGGCCACAAUGGUCUGCCGAGCAGGCCUGGUUGCAGGCAGGCGGGCAGGCCCAACCAACGGUCCUGCCAGCUUAGGCCUGGUGCAGGCAGGCGGGGGGCCGGGCCACAAGGUCUGCCCACAGGCAGGCCUUGGUUGCAGGCAGCGGGCGGGCCACAAUGGUCCUGCCCAUCCCAGGCUGUUGUAGGCCAGGCGGGCGUGCCACAAGGGCUGCCCACCAGGCUGGUGCAGGCAGGCGGGUCCGGGCCACAAGGUUCUGCCCAGCCAGCCCCUGGUGCAGGCAGGCGGGCGGGCCCCAGCAAGGUGGUGCUGGCCCAGGCCGGCGGGCCACAAGCCUGCCCAGGCAGGCCUGUUGCAGGCAGGCGGGCGUCCACAAACGUCUGCCCAGCGCUGGUGCAGGCAGGUGGGCGGGCCACAAGGUCUGCCCAGCCGGCCUGGUGCAGGCAGGCGGGCGGGCCACGAAGUCUGGCAGGCGGGCGGGCGGGCCACAGGUCUGCCCACCAGGCCUGGUGCAAGGCAGGCUGUCGGCCACAAGGUCUGCCCAGCGGCGGUGCAGGCAGGCUGGCGGGCCACAAGGUCUGCCCAGCUCAGGCCUGGCCUGGUGGGAGGCAGCGGGCGGGCCACAAGGUCUGCCCAGCAGGCCUGGUGCAGGCAGGCGGGCGGACCAAAAGGUCUGCCCAGCAGGCCUGGUGCGGCCAGGCCGGGCGGGCCCCAAGGUCUGCCCAGCCUGCACCAGCUGGUGCAUGCAGGGCGGCGUGCCACAAGGUUCUGCCCAGCAAGCGCUGUGGAGGCAGGCGGACGGUCUGCCAAGCAGGCCUGGUGAAGGCAGGCGGGCGGACCCAAAAGGUUCUGCCCAGCAGGGCCUUGUGCAGGGCAGGGGGCGGUGCCCGGGCCCACAAGGUUCAUGCCAGCCUGCACCAGCUGGUGCAGGAAGGCAAGGCGGGCGGGCCACAAGGUCUGCCCCCAGCAAGCCUGGCUGCAGGGCAAGGCGGACCGGCUCUGCCAAAGCGGCCCCUGGGUGAAGGCAGGCGGGCGGGCCAACAAGGUCUGCCCAGCAGGCCUGGUGCAGGCAAGGCGGGGGGCCAAAGUCUGGGCCCAGGGCAGGCCUGGUGCAAGGUAGGCGACGGGGCCACAAGGUAUGCCCAGCAGGCCUGGUGCAGGCAGGCGGGGGGCCAACAAGGUUUAGCCCAGCAAGGCCUUGGUGCCCAGGCAGGUGCUGGUCCUGGCUGGGGUGGGCGCCGAGGCCCCACCGCCCACUCGGCCGCCAGGCCGGCCCCCACCCAAGCCACCCACCACCCCCCCACCCCACCCAACCCACCCCACCCCACAAGGUCUGCCCAGCAGGCCUGGUGCAGGGCAAGGCGGGCGGCGGGCCACAAGGUCUGCCCAGCAGGCCUGGCGUGCAAGGCAGGCGGGGGUCGGGCCACCAAGGUCUGCCCAAGGUGGCCUGGUGCCAGGCAAGGCGGCGGCGGACCACAAAGGUCUGCAAGCAGCCUGGUGCAGGCAAGGGCGGGCGGGCCACAAGGUCUGCCCAGCAGGCCUGGUUGCAGGCAGGUUUUCAGGGCUGGGCCGUGCCACAAGGUCUGCCCAAGCAGGCCUGGUUGCAGGACAGGCGGGCGGACCACAAGGUCCUGCCCCAGCAAGGUCCUGGGCCAGGCAGGCGGGCGGGCCAUAAGGUUCUCCCAAGGCAGGCCUGGGUGCAGGCAGGCGGGAGGGCCACAAGGGUUCCGGCAAGGAGGCCUGGUGCAGGCAGGCGGGCGGGCCACAAGGUCUGCCCAGCAGGCCUGGUGCAGGGCAGGCGGCGGGCGGGAACCACAAGGUUGUACCCAAGGCAGGCCUGGUGCAGGCAGGGCUGGGCGGGACCCAACAAGGUCUGCCCGAGCAGGCCGCUGGUGCAGGCAGGCGGGCGGGGGACCACAAGGUCUGCCCAGGCAGGCCUGGUUGCAGGCAGGCGGGCGGGGCCACCCAAUGGGUCUGCCAGCAAGGGACUUGGUGCAGGCAGGCGGGCGGGCCCCACUAAAGGUCUGCCCAGCAGGCCAUGGUGGCAGGGCAGGCGGGCGGACCAAACAAGGUGUCUGCCGAAGCAAGGACCUGGUUGCAGGCAGGCGGGCGGAGCCACAAGGUUCUGCCCAGCAGGGCUGGUGCAGGCAGGCGGGAGCGGACCACAAGGGUCUGCCAGCAGGACUGGUGCAGGCAGGCGGGCGGACCCCACAAGGUCCCUGCCGCAGCAGGCCUGUGCAGGCAGGCGGGCGUACCACAAGGUCUGCCAAGCAGGCUGUGCAGGCAGGGGGGGACCGGGGCGCCCAGCAACCGGUCUGCCCAGCAGGCCUGGUGCAGGCAGGCGGGUGCGCGGACCACAAGGUCUGCCCAGCAUGGCCAACUGGUGCAGGCAGGCGGGUGUACCACAAGGAUGUUCUGCCCAGCAGGCCUGGUGCAGGCAGGCGGGCGGGACCACAAGGUCUGCCCAGCAGGCCUGGUGUAGGCAGGCGGUGCCGGAGGGGGCGGGAGCCACAAGGUCUGCCAGCAGGCCUGGUGCAGGCAGGGCGGGGGGCCACAAGGUAUGCCCAGCGGGCGGGCCACAAGCGGGUCUGCCAAUCCAGCCUGGGGGCAGGCAGGCCGGGCGGGCCACAAGGUCUGCCAAGCACGGCCUGGUGCAGGUCAGGCAGGGAGGAACGGGCCACGAAGGUCUGCCAGCAGGCCUGGUGCAGUCAGGCUGGCGCGCACAAGGUCUGCCCAAGCAAGGCCUGGUGCAGGCAUGGCGGGGCGGUCCUGCCCAGCAGGGGCCUGGGGCCAGGGCAGGCGGGUGCGUGCCACAAUUUCCUUGCCCAGGCAGGCCUGGUGCAGGCAGGCGGGCGGGCCACAAGGUCUGGGCAGGGCCAGGCAAGGCCGGGGGCACCAAGGCGGGCCCGGGCCACCGGUGUGCCCAGCAGGCCUGGUGCUGGCAGGCGGGGCGGGCCACAAGGUCUGGGCCCAGCAGCCUGGUGCAGGCAGGCGGGCGGGCCACAAGGUCUGGCCCGCAGGCCUGGUGUCAGGAAGGCGGGCGGGCCACAAGGUCUGCCCAGCAGGCCCUGGUGCAGGGCAGGGACCGGGCGGACCCAAGGGUCUGCCAAGCAGGCCUGGUGUCAGGCAGCGUGCGGGUCAAAGGUCUGCCCAGCAGGCCUGGUGCGGCAGGCGGGCGUGCCACAAGGUCUGCCCAGCAGGCCUUUUGCAGACAGGCGGUGCGGAACCACCACAAGGUCUGCCCCUAGCAGGCCUGGUGGCAGGCAGGCGGGCGGACCAACAGGUCUGCACAAGCAGCCUGGUGGCAGGCAGCCGGGCGGACCACAAGGUCCUGCCCAGGCAGGCCUGGUGGCAGGCAGGCGGGCGGGCCACAAGGUCUGCCCAGGAGGCCUGUGCAGGGCAGGGGCGGGCGGGCCACAAGGUCUGCCCAGCAGGCCUGUUGCAGGCAUGGGCGGGCGGGCCACAAGGUCUGCCCAGCAUGCCUGGUUCAUGGAAGCGGGCGGACACAAGGUCGCCCAGCAGGCCUGUUGCAGGCAGGCGGGCGGACCACAAUGUCUGCCCCAGCAGGCCUGGUGCCGGCAGGCGGGCGACCACAAAAAAGGUCUGCCACAGCAGGAACUUGUGGCCAGGCAGGCGGUUGACACAAGGUUGUCUGCCCAUCAGGCCUGGUGCAGGCAGGCUGCGGACCACAAGGUCUGCCAAGCAGGCCUGGUGCACGGCAGGCGGGGCGAGCCACAAGGUUCUGCCAGCAGUCCGGUGCAGGCAGGCGGCGGACCACAAGGUCUGCCCAGCAGGACUGGUGCAGGCAGGCGGUGGACGGGCAAGGUCUGCCAAGCAGGCCUGGGUGCAGGCAGGCGGGAGUGCCACAAGGGUCCCCUGCCCAAACACGCCUGGUGCAGGCAGGCGGGCGGGCCACAGGUCUGCCCAAGCAAGGCCUGGUGGCAGGUCAGGCGGGCGGCCAUCAAGGUCUGGGCCCCAUCAGGGCCUGUGGGCAGGCAAGGCGGGGCGUCUGGCCCAAUCAUCCUGGUGAGGCCAGGCCGGGCGGGCCACAAGGUCUGGUCCCAAGCAGCCUGUGCAGGCAGGCGGGCGGCCACCAAGGGUGGCCCAAUCAGGGCCUGGUGCAGGCAGGCGGGGCGGGCCACAAGGUCUGCCCCCCAAGCAGGCCGGGUGGCAGGCAGGCGGCGGGCCACAAGGUUCUGCCCAUCAGCCUGGUGCAGGCAGGCGGGCGCGCCACAAGGUCUGCCAGCAGGCCUGGUGAGGCAGGCGGGCGGACCACAAGGGUCUUUCCACGCAGGCCUGGUGCAGGCAGGCGGGCGGUCCACAAGGUCUGACCAGCAGGCCUGGUGCAGGCAGGCGGGCGUGCCACAAGGUCUAGACAGCAGGCCUGUUGCAGGACAGGCGGGCGGACCACAAGGUUCUGCCCAGCAGGGCUGGUGCAGGCAGGGGCGGGCGGACCACAAGGUCUGCCAAGCGGCUGGUGCAGGCAGGCGUGGCGGACCCACAAAGGUCUGA